AUGGCGCUGUGCGGCCGCUCCCCGCUCCUCCCGCCGGCCCCGCGCCCCUCGCCCCGCCGCCCCCGGGCCGCCCGGGCCUUCGUCAGCUGCAGCCGACUUCGAAACAUUCAGAGUAUCCUGACACAGAGCAGCAAAUCUCAGCCUGAUGGAAUCCUUUGCAUUUUAGGGAUAGAUAGCAGAUACAAUGAAGGUUGCAGGGAACUGGCAAACUACCUGCUUUUUGGCUUGUAUAACCAGAAUAACAAUGACUUUGAAAGAACUGGGUUUCCUGAAGAAGUUCUUGAUGAUAUAAUCAUAUUAAUAAAACCUGACAGUGUCCAUCUGUACUGUAACCCUGUGAAUUAUAAUCAUCUUUUGCCAUAUGUGGCACACUGGAGGAACUUGCAUUUUCACUGUCUGACUGAAAAUGAGUAUGAAGAUGAAGAAGCUGCAGAGGAAUUCAAGAUUUCCAGCUUUGUGGACAUGGUUCGAGACUGCAGCCGCAUUGGAAUUCCCUACAGCUGCCAAGGUCAUCUACAGAUAUUUGACAUGUUCAUUGUUGAGAAGUGGCCAAUAGUGCAGGCCUUUGCACUGGAAGGGAUCGGGGGCGAUGGCUUCUUUACAAUGAAAUAUGAAUUAAUGGAUGUCAGCGUUGACCUGUGGAAGACAUACAGCAAAGUGGACCCUGUUUCCUUGGAGGACUUGCUUUUUGAGGACUUAAUGAUUUUUGAACACCAGUGGACCAAUUUUUUUGCUAAUUUUGAUACUGAAAUUCCCUUCAUUCUGGAGCUCUCAGAAUCUCAGGCAGGGGAGCCUUUCAGAAGUUAUUUCAGUCAUGGGAUGAUCUCAAGCCAUAUCACAGAUAACAGCCCCAGCCGGCAGCCCUUUGUUCUCUUUGGUAGCCACUCAACUAAGGAAAACUUGAACUCUGGUAACUUUAAUUUUCCAUCAGAAGGACAUCUUGUUCGAAACACUGGCCUUGGUGGAAGCACUGCUAAGCAUAUGGUAGUGCAGUGUGUAUCUCCAAAGGGACCUCUGGCUUGUUCAAGGACCUAUUUUUUUGGAACCACUCACAUUCCUUUCCUGGGAAACGACAACGAGAUGCACAAGCAAGCUGAACAAGUUACGCUGUUGUCGCAAAUAUAUUCUGCUGUUGUAGAGGCUGUGCUUGCUGGCAUUGAGUGCUAUGCUAAAACUUCCACUGAAUCCAAGGCAAAGGAGGUAGCAGAGCAGAUGUUCAUGGCUGUGUUAGAUAACCUUCAUUUAACACAACUUAAAGCCGCAUUACGCUCCAAAAUGGCUUUUCAGAUUCAGGCUGUGAAUAACCAUGGAAGAAUUACUCCAUUAGAUAAUGAGGACAGCCUGUGUUUGAUUAAAACGGCAUCUAUGAUGGUAUUUGACAUUCCAGACUUGCUCACAGGAAGAGGAUGCUUGGGAUCUGUUGUCUUUUCAGAGUCCUUUCUAACAUCACAGAUACAAGUAAAAGAAAAAGAUGGCAGCAUUAAUUCAGAAACCAGCCACAUAAUCCUGACUGCAGCCAUCCCAAGAUACACUUCUUGGCUGGUUGAAGAUAGUGAUGUGAAACUGUCUGAAAAAGCACAGUGUAUAUUGAAGGAAGACAAAUCUUUUCUGGGCACGUUACUCACUGGAGGUGAUGGAGUGUAUAUUUAUUCUAGCAACCCACAGGCCACUCCUGCAGAAGGCAAAGUGAACUUUUUUUCAGAUGGCAUUCUCUUUUCUGAUCCCCACCAUGGCAGCAUUUCCAUUUCAAAGAACCAUAUGAGUUCCAUUUCUUUCUAUGAUGGGGAUUCAAACAGUAUUGUUGCUGCUCUCUUUAUAGACUUCAAAAGUUCCUUGCUUACUCAUCUACCCAUUGAAUUCCAUACCCAAGACAGCUUCCUGAUGAUUGCACUUUUCCCCAAAACAAAGAUUUAUAAAGCUUUUUAUUCACAGGUUUUCUCUUCGUGGAAGCACCAGACAAACUCAGGAAUAUCUUUAAGGAUUGUCCAGGAAGAAUUCCUGUCUGUGGAACAGAAGAGACUGCAUUCCAGUGCUCAGAAGCUAUUUAAUGCCUUGUCUUUUCCUUCUGGGGAAAGAUGCAGGGAGCUGAAAAUAUCUGCUGCCCUUCCAGAGUUAGAGAGGUUUGUGCAACAUUUCACUGUCAGCAGUGUCAGUCACGAGCCAGUAAUGAGGGCACAUCUUCCUGUUUUAUUGCAACACUCAGAAAUCAUUCCUGAGAGCAAAGCAGGAAGUGACAAGGUUGUUAUCACCAUCAUAACUGGUCUCCCAGGAUGUCGUUGCAGUGAUCUGUGCACUUUUCUGGUAUCUUUUAACAAGGAGCAUGGAAGCUGGGUGGUGUAUCGGCAGACUCUGGAUAGCCCAGAGUGCUUCAGUGCAGCCCAUUUCCAGCGUCACCUCUCCAGUGUCCUGGAGGCUCAGCAAAGCCCCAGCGUCCAUCAACCCCCUCAUGCUAAAAGGAACAAGCGCCUCUUAGUGGUCUUGCAAGGAUACACUGAUGUUAUUGAUGUUGUACAGGCUCUGCAAACUCAUCCUGACCCAGAUGUGAAGUCUUCCUUCAUCAUUGGAGCAGUUAAUACUUGUGUGGAGCCCCUGAGUUGCUAUAUGGAACACAGGCUUCUUUUUCCCAAGUUCCUGGACCAGUGUUCACAAGGACUAGUGAGUAACGUGAUUUUCACAAGUCAUGCUACAGAGCAGAAGCAUCCACUCCUUAUGCAACUCCAGAGCCUCAUCCGAGCAGCAAAUCCUGCUGUUUCCUUCAUCUUGGCAGAAAAUGGAGUGGUAACGAGGAAUGAGGAUAUUGAAUUAAUUCUCUCAGAAAGCAGUUUUUCAAAUCCUCAGAUGAUGAGAGCUCGAUAUUUAAUGUAUCCUGGCUGGUAUGAAGGCAAAUAUGGAGCUGGGUCUGUCUUCCCUCCAAUGGUUCAGAUCUGUGUGUGGUUCAAUCGGCCUCUGGAAAAAACAAGAUUUGUCACCAAGUGUAAAGCCAUAAAGUCAUUGCUCAAGCCAAGUCCUUUCUCUGGGAACAUUUAUCACAUCAUGGGCAAAGUUAAGUUUUCAGAUUCGGAUAAAGUGAUUGAAGUCUGUCACAACACAUCAUCUAAUUCCCUCAGCCUUGUGCCUGUUCAGGAGGGGCCAACCCCUCCUGAUUCCAGAAGUGAUUCCAGAGAUUGUGGCAGUCAACAGGAGUGCUUCCUUGUGUUCAUUGGCUGCUCUUUGAAAGAAGAGGAUAUAAAAGACUGGCUCAGAGAGACUGCAAAACAGAAACCUCAGAGGAAAGCCUUGAAAACCAGAGGAAUGCUAACCCUUCAGGAAAUAAAGAACAUUCAUGUGAAACGCCACUUGGAUCCACUUCCAGCUGGUUAUUUUUACAACGGGACUCAAUUUGUGAAUUUUUUUGGUGACAAGAUGGAUUACCAUCCAUUAAUGGACCAAUUCAUGAACGAUUACUUGGAAGAAGCCAACAGGGAAAUAGAGAAGUACAACAGAGAGCUAGAAGAGCAAGAGUAUCAUGAUCUCUUUGAGCAGAAGACAUAAGCACAUGUGUCCUGUGUAUUUCUGAACCACCUACUGUCAGGAACCAAAAAUGCUGUUGUCCUUGCUGGUUAACUAGAAAAUUAAGUGAAAUAUCAUUUUUCAGCACUCCUUUUAAAGCUAAGAGAUCAUUCCUGUAAGGUUGGCAUUUUACUGUGGUAACUGCUUAGCUGUUUGUACUGUCAGGUUUGCUUCCACUUCACCUUAAUUCCAGACUGUAAAAAGCAUCACCUGGAAUCUCUGGCUAGUAGUGGAAACUUAUUUAAAAGAAGAAACAAAACUAGAUUUCCUAGUUGGUCCAAAUGUAAUCAUGGGGUUGGUCUGUCGUGCAGAUAAUCAAACCACUUUGAUCUCUGGAUGUCCCUUGAAACUUGUCUCACAGGAGCAUUGAUGAGCAGUGGUGAACUUCAGCGUGUGGGAUUGGGGGGUGUUCCCAAAGCGAGAAAUGGGGGAACACUCAGGAAACUCCAAAGGGUUCCUAAUCCUAAAGCUGUUAAAUGUUCCCAAAGCGAGAAAUGGGGGAACAACUUAAACUUGGAAAAGUAACUCAUCCUAAAGCUGUUAGAGUGUUCCCAAAGUUAGAGAUGGGGGACCAACUUAAAAAGCUUGGAGAAAUACUUAAUCCUACAGCUGCUAGGAUGUCCCUAAUGUGAAAAAUGGGGGGAAAUUUAAAAAACUUGGAAAAGUAUCUAACCCUAGUGCUCUUAGGGUGUUCCCAAAGUGAGAAUUGGGGGAACAAUUUUAAGAACUCCAAAGAGAACCUAAUCCUAAAGCUGUUAAAUGUUCCCAAAGCGAGAAAUGGGGGGACAACUUAAACAACUUGGAGGAGUAACUCAUCCUAAAGCUGUCAGGGUGUUCCUAAAGUGAAAAAUGGGGGGUCAAUUAAAAGACUUGGAGGAGUAUCUAAUCCUACUGCUGUUACAGUGUUCCCAAAGUGAGAAAUGGGGGGAUACUUGAAAAACUUGGAGGAGUAACUCGUCCUAAAGCUGUUAUGGUGUUCCCAAAGCAAGAAAUGGGGGAAAAAUUAAAAACUUGGAGGAGUAACUCAUCUUAAAGCUGUUAGGGUGUUCCCAAAGCCAGAAAUGGGGGAACAACUUUAAAAGUUUGAGAAGUACCUAAUCCUGCAGCUGUUAGGGUGUUCCCAAAGCGAGAAGUGGGGGAACAGUUUAAAAAACUCCAAAGGGUACCUAAUCCUACAGCUGUUAGGGUGUUCCCAAAGUGAGAAGUGAGGGAACAUAAAGAACCCCCUCAGAAUAGUACUUAACCCUACUGCUGUUAAAUGUUCCUAAAGCGAGAAAUGGAGGAACAACAUUGAAGGCUCCAAAGAGGAGCUAAUCCUACAGCUGUUGGGGUGUUCCCAGAGCAAGAAAUGGGGGAACAAUUAAAAAGCUUGGAGGAGUACCUAGUCCUACUGCUGCUGCUUUUCCUAAAGUGAAAAAUGGGGGGAAAUAUAAAAAAAACUCCAAAGGGUACCUAGUCCUACAGCUGAGUGUUCCUAAAGCGAGAAAUGGGGGAACACUGAGGUAUCUAUCUGCUUGGUUUCUGAGGGGACAGCACAUCUCAUAACUUCUGCACAGUUUGAAUCUGCAGUUGAAAUUCUGACUUUUUUUGAAGCACAGGUGUUUAUACAGUUCAGGAUGAAAGUGAGAUUAGUGGAGAUAUCUUGCUUUCUUCUGUGUUUUUUAUUCAUAUUCUAGAAAAUCUAUGACAUGACUGGGAGUCAUCUGCGUCUUGCUUAGAAGAUUAUCUUGGAAGGAUUCUUAUUUCAGUACUAAAAACUAAGCAAAGCAAGAGAAGAAGGAGAUUCUUUAGCUAAAGAACUCCUUUUCAUGAAAAUGACUUGCUUCCAAAGGUAAAAAAUAGCAAAAGAGAGACAUGAAAUAUGGAAGAACUUGUUUGUGAAGCUUUCAGAAGAAGAAUUUGCACACCCGUGUUUCACUGAACUGAUACACCAGGUUUUAAGUACUUGCAACAAAACUUUUAUAGUUACUAAAUUCUAUGGUAGCAGAAAUUCUGGUAACUUGUGAGUUAAGUGAGACUUUAUAUCACUGACUGAAGGAUUAUAAGGCACCCUAGGUGCUACUUAAAGGUAAUUAUUGAAGCUGAUUUGAAUAAGCAGAUCAUUGUAGCAGACUGUGUGUUCAGAAUUUAGUCAAGUGAAAACAGUCCAGGAGGAAUUUGUUGUUUUCAUUUUUGCCUUAGGAAUGGCUCAGUCUUAGAAUACAACUUUUAUUUUUGGUCAGAUAUAUCUAAUGCAGUAAGAAGUUGAAUUAAUAGUUUCUUACAGUAAACUUAAAACAGCUGUCCAUGCAGUUCCUUUCUGUGGCAGGAAAAUGAGAUUUCACUCCUGCCAUCAAACCUAAAGCCAGAGACAGUUUGACACCUUCCUGAAGAAGUGUAUUUUUUACCUUUGGAACCUGCUGAAAUUUCAAGAAGCCUGUCAAAAACUGAAACACCUUUUUAGGUAGACAGACUUUCAGUGCACAUUACUACUAGCUGGCUCAGUGCCUGUGCUGUGGUGGAAUUCCAGGUGCUGCAGGUUGGGAUAGAGACGUUGAUAAGGUUUCGUUUCUAGCUUUCCUACUAGGUUUAAAAAAUGUCUGAAUUUAAGAUUUAUGAUUCUUUUUUUUUGCACACCACGAGACUUUAUAAACUACUUGUAUCCUGUUAAAGUAUCAUAAAAGCCAGCAGUUAGUGUUUUUAGGCUUUCUGGGGUAACCCCUGUUACAGGUAUAGAGCAUUGUGAUAAGGCUCGUGAGUUUAUCUAUGCAUGGCUAUACUUUAGUCUUAAUAUACUGUAGUGCCUGGUAGAGUAAACGUAGCUGGCAGUGGAUGUAGGGGGCUGGGGGGGAGCUACAAACUAAGUACAAUUGGUUGCACAAAGCUCUUAAUCAGUCCAGGAUAAUUAGAGUACAGAAUUCUGGUCGUAACGCUGCAAUAAAAAGGGGCAUUAGGAAAAUUCGUCACAAAUUCUAAUUCUUUGCCAAGAAACUUAGUGUAAACCCAGCGUGUGCUCCCUUUCAGUCCGAGUUGUCUAAUCUGCAAAGCCAUAUUUCUAGACUAGUGGUAUGACUAGGUGAUGUCAGAAGAAAUAACUCAUGGUUGGGACAAGUGGCAGGUUGCCCAAGCCUUGUCUCCACUCGUGAGUCGAUGACAGAAGUAGGUUUAAGUGCAAUUGAUUGAUCGAUAGAUGAAGAUACUGUAGCUUGUUUGGCUCUGCUGAGCUUCUUCUUUUAAGAACUCCAAUUUGUGCAGCUCUCAAACACAUGUUGAUGGGGCUAAUUCAUCUGGGCUUGGCAGAGCGAGUUGCGAUGACCAGAGAGAUGCCCUGUGAACAAAAAUAGGCAUUAAAAAAUGGGUGUUGCUGCUGUGCAAAUGGAGCUGUUCCUUAAAAACAGAGGCAGAAGAGCUCAGAACAAAGGCCUGGUAUAAUUAUAUACUGUACUGCAUGCUAUAUGGUAAUAGCUGUGUAUUAAAAAGACCUUUCACCAUACUGGUACUAUUUCAAUUAAUCUAUUUUGGUAUUGAAAGAAUUUGAUUACCUCAAGUUUUCUUUUUUUUUUCCUCUUCCCUUUGUAACUGUGACUUUUAAAACAGAGACAGAAAAAAAAAAUACCAAAAUAGUGAAACUGUGACAAUGAUAUCCUUUAAAACUAGUAGUGCCUUGCAGAUGACACCAUUUAUUCAUGAAGCAGAAAAUAAAUGGAUGUCAUGGGCUGUAUUGCUUACACCCUCUUUGGUGUGUUGUUUAUUUUUAAAGGACAAACAGUUUUGGUGAAAGGACUUAAAAUUAACCUAGUGAAGAAUAUUAGCACAAACGGUUAAACUGUUGAAAAGAAAACUCUUUGAGGACUAAAAUGUGUAAAUGCCUGAUGCUGCUGAUAGUUUAAUAGCAGUUGCUGGUUCUUUUGGAGUUAUUUCUAACAAACAGCAGCACUUUUUUUGUUUUUUUAGGAGAAAAGCAUAACUUUUGUACUCUGGUCAGAGAUGUUUAUAGUGUAUCAAACCCCACUUAUAGGGGAAACUGGUCUCCUCACUCUUUUGAAGUCAAGAUGAGGAUUGAGAUGCUUCUAAGGAUCUAGUUUUGAAAACAUUUUCUAGCUACUGUAAAACUACAAAAAAAGAAAAAAGAGCACCGUUUCGAAACCACAAAUGUUUGGAUACAGAACAAGUGCCAUUACACUGUUCUCAUUUACCUUUUCCUGUCUUUUGAAAAUUGGGAAGAGUCACGUUGUGUCCAGGCAUUUCUGAUGUUGUGAAGAAGUGCUGAGAGUCCUCAAGGGGUUUACGUGCUUUGCUGACCUUCAUGUUAGCAGCUUCUGGUGGUGUGGUUUGGUUUUGUUUGGUUUUUUUUUUUUUUCCUUAAAAAAAAAAAAAUUAAAUAAAAAUUCCCCUCACCAGGAAUGAGUGUGAUCAGAAGUUACUGAAGUUAUAGGGAGAAAAAUGUGAUUAACUUAGGAGAGGAACGUCGGCAACUUGAACCGCGCUGCAGUCUCGGAGUAUUUGAUACAAAGCUGUGCAAUUUGGUAUUAAUCCAAUCUUACUCUUGGCAAUUAACAACCCUGAUUGCAGGGCAGGUUGAAGUUGCUGACAAAAGUUCCUUAAUUUUGUUCUUUAUUAUUAUUAUUGUUAUUAUUAUUUUGUUUUAAAUUAUUCUAUUUUAAUCGAAACUUCUCUGAAUUUGCACAGACACAAGCUCUGGAAUACGUUGGUAUUCGGAAAAGGGAAAAGUUGUAACUAGUAUAGUGAAUUGUAAACUGUGAGUUGGUAGAACCACGUUGUUGAUCUAAUUUUAGAUUGUUUAAAAAUGUACCUCAGUGAGAAAUUGCUUCGUUUUUACACAAGGGUCAGAGAGACUAAUGUAACCCUUCUCACUUUACAAUGUGCCAAAAUUCACUUUUAUACUAGUUCUCGACGCUUUAAUAUUUGCAACUUUAAGUUUAAAACUUGUCUUUACAAACACUACUGUAACUUCAGUUAAACUGAAUGGUGUGAUUGAAGCUUUUUGCCUGUCGUAUUUAUUACACAACUUGAUUCAGUAAAUAUAAAAUUACCUUUCCAUUUAUUUUUGUAUUGUUUUACAUGUUUAUACCUGCAGUUUGUGUGACUUUUACACCUGUAACUCAGAUGUGAUGGAAAGAACCAAUAAACAGUAUCCAUCUGC